AUGAUAUCGGACCGGUCGGCCCAUUGUCACAACUCGAGACCCGCGCUAUGGACACUACAGCCAUCCAUGCAACACGCGGAAUAGCGGUCAAGUGCAUACAUGCCAUCACUGCAGCGCUUGACAGCUCAGUGUCCUUCUUGUGAUGCGACCAACACUUCUUCGGACCAACAACUGGUAUGCGUCCGGAUCUCUGGCCGCGCAGGAUUGUGGAUGCACAAUCGCCCUCCAGCUUCACAGGCAUUGCUGCACAAACCAGAUCUUGACACUUAAUUAUACACAACGUGCCAACAAAGCAAUCCCGUUUCGAUAGCCCUAGUCUCAUCUCAGCAUCCGAUGCUCAACGACAGAAGCUCACCGAUGCAAGUUCUACAGCGCCGUUGCGCCCAGGGGAGAGUGGAGCUUGCUUUCCAUCGAAUGCAAUAUGACCCAUUCGCCACCAACCACCAACACGAGAUGCCGUUGUAAGAGAAGUUUAGUCCUUUCACUCCGGUCCUGUAAAGCCCUUGCGGCACGAACAUGAUUCUAUCCUUAUGCAACCAUCCACGGCCAUAUACCAAACUACAUUUGGAUACCGCAUGAAACACCAACAACUCCUGCUUGUCAUAACAACACCUCUUCUAGCUAUCCUUCCACAUCCAUUCAUCCACUAUCCCUCGCCGUAUAAUCAGACUGCAUUUGGAUACCGCAUCAAGUACCUCCGAAGAACAUCCUCUAGUUUCCGCACCAUCAGACCCAAUAGACACCAACAAACUCCUGCUCACAACACGAACACCUCUUCCAUCGAAUCUCUCAUCAUCCGAUAUUGCAACCCUUGUAAUACGAACGCUUCGACCAGAUGCGUAUUCUCAAACAAGCCAAAAAAGCCCCCGUCCACUCUCGCUUCGGGUAAGAUUCCUAUAGGAAAUGCCUUGGAAGGUUGGUUUCUGCAGUACCUUGCUUUGUUCUUGCAGCGGCGCUAUUAUUAUUAUCACUCUAAGCUACAAGUGAGUAGUGGCGUGGUUGCGAACUUUCGAGUCGACUGGAAUGUAGUUGUAGCAGAACUAUCCGAGGGCGUUUGGAGUUUUACCAAGGGGUAUGCAGCUCAAGCCGGCAGCUUAACGGGGCAUAGCGGGAGAUUUUGGCAUCAACAGCGUCAGCAUUGCGAGACUCUUAUUAUGAAUCAGUACGUGCAAGCGAUCAGUGUGCCUGUUAUCAACAAAUUGACGUAUGAACGAAGAAAGGUUGUCUUGAUGCGGACAAUGGAUAAUAAUUGGUCUGCUGCGAACCGGACGCAGCGAUGUUUGAUGAAUGCGGAGAUGGAGAUUAUCUGGGAAUUGCGAGAUAGAGUGCGGAGAUUGACUUCGCCAAGCAUUGUUGUCCUGCGGUCGGCGGUCGCUGAGCGAAGGGCCUCGACUUCUGUUAUUGGGUUGUUGGUUUUCGUACUGACUCAACAGUACGCCGCCGAUGGACAUCCAUUAGUUUUCAAGGACGAAUCUAAUGCAGCGGUUCUAUGGCAGUCGUUAAUGGCAUCUGGUGUGUCAGAGCGACAAGGCAGCCCAUGCCGAGCCGACAGACAUCCAGUAGUGAGAGCUGAAGCGUCGUCCACAGACCGCGUAGCGAUGGUAAGACUGGUCUAUUCCAAUAAUGCCGUUUGGCUACAAGGGUCAUUCCGUGCUAGCUCCUGUCAGGCUGUGCCGCAAUAUGGAUAUUUCAUCCUGAUCAGGCAACUGCACAUGAUUCCCGAAGGACAUGCACUAGUCGACUCGCUCGUGAGACCUCUCAUAUCCAGCGCUGAGAUGGCUAAGUAUAGAAUAGAAUCUGACGCGCGUCUGAGCGGUAAGGUAGGUAGCUUGUUAGUGCAUGGUAUCUUGUGCGGCAUUCGGUAUCGCUUCUUUAGGAUGUUUGAGUGGCAGAAAUUGAAGCGCCAGCAUGAGGCCAGCGCGCGGAGUCCAUACGAAGGUGGCUCAUGGUUAGGUAUGGCUGGACUGGCGGCUGAGACGAUCGAGGAGCACAGCGCGAACACACUCGAAGCCGAAGUUGACGACGUGAGGUUCGUGGGCGUUGUGUUGGGAAAACUCCGGCUUCGGAGAUCGGACAUCAGCAUGACGGCGAACACGAACACCCGCCAAGGAUGCGGAGGCCUACAUCAGCCGGGUCGUGAGGCUCAAUAUCGGAGAUUCGGCGAGAUUGUAUGCUUGACCGUUGGAGGCGGCGACGCACGUCAUCGGCCAUCCUCGUGA